UUUGCUGACUGACAGUGUCUGUAAUGACACUACACUGCGGUAUAUAAACUGGGAGGGACGUCAAACAUCCUUCACUGGGAGUCACUAUGCGCUGAUGCUCCACCACAUGCUCGCAUCACCGUUGGCAGCACAAGGCUCGCAUCAGCACAGCAAACUCCAACCACAUCUGACCGGCACGAUGGAUGGGCAACAUAAAGACCGCAGAAUGACUCACUUGUGGAUAUUGACGUUACUGAUAUUUGUCUAACCUCUAGCACUGGAUAACUCGGUCUUUUCCAACUUCCUCUGGAUACGGAUUGUGGAGCUGGAUCUUGUCCUGCGGGCUUUUGAAGGAUUAUAUUUAUUCUUUCUAUCACUUUAUUUGUCAUCACCCCGUUUUUCGCCAUCACCACUUGGAAUAGGAGCGUUUUGUGGGAGGACAAACUGAUUUUUCAAGGAUACGCACAUCAAACUCUAAAGGAUGGCCGUUUGGUUCACCUCUGUCCUCUCAAUAGUUAUAUUAUUAUUUACUCAGGUUCUGGGAUCAGGUGUGUUCGAGCUCGAUCUCCAUCACUUUCAGAAUACUCGAGGUUUGCUGGCAAAUGGACUUAGUUGCAGCAUGACCGGCUGCAGGACUUACUUCAGGGUUUGUUUGAAGAACUUCCAGACGGUGGUGUCUCCUGGAGACUGUAUAUUUGGCAAAGUCACCACACCUGUUCUGGGCACCGACUCCUUCAGCAUCCAGCAGGACGCCAGGCUGCGUCUGCCGCUCAACUUCACCUGGCCGGGUGCCUUCUCAUUAGUUAUUGAAGCCUGGUAUUCUCCUGCAGCGGACCCACCUGGAGACACCACCAACCCUGAUUUCUUGAUUGGCUCUUUUGCCAUCCAAAGACAGUUGGGAAAAGGGCAUGAGUGGUCCCAGGGUGUGCAGAACGGGACGCAGACGGAGCUAAGGUACUCAUACCGGUUCAUCUGCAAUGAAAAUUACUACGGGGACACUUGUUCCAAAAUAUGCGCUCCGAGAGACGACCGUUUUGGCCACUACACCUGCAAGCCUGACGGGCAAAUAGCCUGUCUACCGGGAUGGAAGGGAGAAUACUGCCAAGAACCAAUCUGUCUUGAUGGCUGCAAUGAAAAGAAUGGAAACUGCACGUUACCUGGAGAGUGCAAAUGCAGAGAGGGUUGGCAGGGACUCUUUUGUGAUGUGUGUAAACUCCAUCCCUCCUGUAAACAUGGUACCUGUAAAGAGCAGUGGCAGUGCACCUGCAAAGAAGGCUGGGGAGGCAUCUUUUGUGACCAAGAUCUGAACUACUGCACCCAUCACAAACCCUGUGCCAACGGGGCCACAUGUAUGAACACAGGCCAUGGCAGCUACACUUGCACCUGCCUGCCAGGCUUCACCGGGGUUAACUGUGACUCAGAGGUCAGGGAGUGUGACAGCCAGCCCUGUCACAACGGAGGCCAGUGCCUGGACUCUGAGCAUGGCUAUAGGUGUGUAUGCCCAGGGGGGUUUGAAGGGACACACUGUGAACACAAGAUGCUGACCUGCGCAGAUACACCCUGCUUCCACAGUGGCAAGUGCAGAGAGCGGGAUAAUGGGAACAGUUACAUAUGUGAGUGUCCAGCAGGAUACACUGGACUCAACUGUGAGAAAAAAGUGGAUAAAUGUACCUCACUGCAGUGUACCAACGGUGGACAUUGUAUGAUGCAUGAUGGCCACCGAUUUUGCAGCUGUCGCUCCGGCUUCACAGGACCACGCUGUGAGAUCAAUGUCAACGAGUGUGCCGGGAACCCCUGUGCAAACGGCUCCACCUGCAUAGACGGCAUCAACGACUACACCUGCACCUGCCCCUCAGGGUUCACAGGCCGCCACUGUGACAAGCCUACAGACCGCUGUGCCUCUCAACCCUGCCUGAAUGGAGGGACCUGCACCAUUGGAGCCAAAGGCCAGACUACCUGUAUCUGCCCUGCCCAUUACAGUGGACCCCAGUGCCAGUCCAGCGAUGUGCCUAAUGCCAACACCCUUGACCACAACAUGGAUAAGGAGUCUAGUGACAAGCUGAGCUUGGCAGCCAUCAUCCUGGGAGUCGUCCUUGUGGCUGUUCUGGUGCUUUUCUGCAUGGUGGUGGUGGUAAUCUGUCAUGUCAAGAAACAGAGAGACAAGGAGCAGGACUCAGAGACUAUGAACAACCUCUCCAAGGUUGACUUUCAGAAAGAGAACCUCAUCUCUACUCUAGAGCUCAAGAAUACCAAUAAAAAGAUUGAUUUGGAGGUGGACUGUCCCAGGGAAAAGUUUAAUCACAAACACAUCAACCAUUACCACCUGGACUAUAAAGCCUCCACCGGGUACAAGGACGAACUGUCCCUUCUGGACAAAGAUGAAAACUGUGAAAAGACAAGAGAAGACAAAAAGCAUUUGAGUAGAAUGUACAGUGAAAGGCCGGAGUGUAGAGUAUCAACAGUGUGUUCUUCCGGAGAUUCAAUGUACCAGUCUGUCUUUGUAAUAGCAGAGGAGAAAAAUGAGUGCAUCAUUGCAACUGAGGUAUAAUACAUGGAAGAUAUUAUUCAUUGUCAAUAUUUGGAUUUUUUUUUUUUUGGACUGUUUACAAGUGUGGAGAGACUGGGAUUUAUUUAAAUGAAAGUUGCUGCUCUUGAAAACUUGAUAACUGGAUGGAGCCGGUGUGCUCAUCGAAUGCAAUAGGACUAAAGCUACUAAACUUUGAGAGAAUGUAAAGACUGAAACAAAAAGACCGCAGGAAAUAAUGAGCAAAUCUGACUCGUGAAUGCGCCUUUGACAUUUUUGACUCAGACCCUUGUCUGCUCCGUCCAAGUUCAUCCAAGGGCAAUAGGCUGAGAUGUUUAUGCCUUGUUUAUGCCUGCGUGUUGAUUAGAAGAAGAGGACUAUCUUUAUGUACUCCUCUCCACCUUAUUGCAGUAAUCAGCAAUCAAACAAAUCAACUUACUGCCAACAAUCCUGUGGAAGGAGCUAGCCUUUUCCGUUUUUCUGUGGCCUGCAAUGUGCUAUGCAAGAAAAAAAAAAAGAAAGAAAAAAAUCAGCAUUGUGUUAAAUCAAAAAGGGACAAAAACUACUGAAAACGGUUCAUUUUUGAAGGAUAAUAAGGUUAUCAUUUUUGUAAAUCGAAUCCUUUUUUU